UGCUUCUUCUCGCUCUGAAUCUUUUUGGAACGUCAUGAAGUUUUUAGUGCUGUUUGCCCUCGUCGCCGGAGCCAUAGCCUCCGCUGAGGAUUGUCCGGUCAAUUCCCAUUAUGAAGAAUGCGGUACUGCCUGCCCCAUCACCUGUAAGAAUUACAAAAAUCCCCCUGAAGCGUGCGUCCUGAUGUGCGUCUCUGGCUGCGUCUGCGAUGAAGGACACGUCAAGACCGAAGAUGGCAAAUGCGUGGAACCAGAACAAUGCCCUGUUGAAGAGAAGAACUGCGUUGAUAAACCUGAUAAAGGCGUAUGUCGAGGCUACUUCUUCAUGUGGUACUUCGAUGAAGAUGCAAAAACCUGCAAGCAAUUCGUGUAUGGUGGUUGCCAAGGAAACGGAAACAGAUACGUCACGAAAUUGGCGUGCAUGAGGAAAUGUGCCGAUAAACGUAUCUGGAAAAUUCCUUCUCCAUCUGAUUCUGACAGGUGCUCCCAGCCAGCCGAAACCGGUUUGUGCAGAGGCUUCUUCCCCAGGUACUACUUCGACAAGGAAACUGGCCAGUGCAAGAAGUUCGUCUACGGGGGCUGCGGUGGCAACGAAAACAACUUCAAGACUGAAGAGGAAUGCGAAAACGCAUGCGGAAACCGAGCCGCUCAAGUGUGUGGUGAGAAUGAACGUUACAAUACAUGCGGGACUGACUGCCCCUUGACUUGCGAGAACUAUGACGACCGUCCCCUAGUGUGCAACUUCAUGUGCAGGAUCGGAUGCGAAUGCGAGAAGGGUUUGGUCAGAGAUGCCGAUGGAAAAUGCAUCAGGCCUGAGCAAUGCCCAAACAGGCAAGCCUAAAGCUUCAUGAAAGUAGUGAUUCAACUAACAUCAUUUUCCAUUUGAUGGAGACUAUCUUUUGUUCUUGAAUUUUUUUUUAAUAAAAGACUUUUCUUGGCAA